ACCACGAAAAAAAACUUUAUUUACACGGUUGGGGUGGAACAUUUUAUUUGGGUACAUUGUUUCCGGAGGGCGGCGCGGACAGUAGCGGUACUAGUUCCUGGAAGCAGUUAGUGUUUUGUUGUUUACGUUGAUUUAAAAUGAACUUUAAAAUAAUUUGAGUCGUAUUUCUGUCACGUUUCUUUCCCUUGAUCUUGGGGAGACGUGCUUUUGUUUCUGUUGAAAGGCACGGAAGGAUAACCGGACAGGAUGUCGAUGUCGCACCUGUACGGGCGCGAUGAGGAGGAGGACGGGGUGGAGCUGGAGCGCUUCGAGGUCACGGACUGGGACCUCCAGAACGAGUUCAACCCAGAGCGCCGGCGCCACCGCCAGACCAAGGAGGAGGCCACCUACGGGAUGUGGGCAGAGCAUGACUCCGACGACGAGAGGCCCAGCUUCGGGGGCAAGAGGUCAAAGGACUACACCGCUCCUGUGAACUUCAUCAGCGCCGGGCUGCGCAAGUCUGCAGCGGAGGAGCGGGAGCAGAGGCAAAGCCAGCCGGACUCGGACGAUUCCGAUGACAUGGACAAGGGGAAGAGGGAGGAGAGACCGAGGGAGUCGGGGCCCAGGAAACUGCAGACGGGCGCGAGCUUCAAGGGAUCUCAGAAGGGGUUUGUGGGCGGGCCUCGCCUGGGACAGGAUUUCGCGAACUGGGAGCGACACACCCGUGGGAUCGGGCAGAAGCUGCUGGAGAAGAUGGGCUACGUCCCUGGGAGGGGGCUGGGCAAGAACGCACAAGGCAUCAUUAACCCCAUCGAAGCGAAGGUUCGCAAGGGGAAGGGAGCGGUGGGGGCGUACGGAGCCGAGAGGACCAAGCAGUCCCUGCAAGACUUCCCCGUGGUGGACUCCGAGGAGGAGGAGGAGAAGGAUUUCCAGCAGGAGAUGAGUCAGUGGCGGAGGGAGCCAGGCCAGGGCAGGAAGAAGCCUAAAUACUCGUACAGGACGGUGGACGAGCUGAAAGCCAAGGGCUACGCGAUGGGCAAGAGCAUGGCAGCGCCACCGACAGAGCUGGCACAGGUCAAGGUGAUUGACAUGACUGGACGCGAGCACAAGGUCUAUUCCAGCUACAGCCAGAUGAGCAACAAGCACAGCGUGCCCGAAGAGCCGCCCCUGCCCCCGGCCGGCAAGGAGCAGAAGAGCCCCGGCUUCACACUGCCAGAGCUGGAGCACAACCUGCAGCUGCUGAUAGACCUGACUGAGCAGGAGAUCUUGCAGGGAGCACGGAGGCUGCAGCACGAGCGUGACGUGGUGGUGUCCCUGUCCCACGAGAGCGAGACGCUGGCGGAGACGCUGUCCCAGGAGGAGGGGGCGCUGGAGAGGCUGGGCCGGGUGCUGGAGCUGGUGGAGCAGUGCGAGCGCAGGCUGAGCCCGGGGCCCGGCAGCACUGAGGAGCCCCUGUCUCUGGAGGACUGCGCGCAGCUCUUCGAGAGGCUGCAGGGGGACUUCUACGAGGAGUACAAGGCGUUCGGACUGGCUGACCUGGCUGUGGCCAUGGUGCACCCCCUGCUCAAGGAGCACUUCCGGGACUGGGAGCCGAUCAAGGACGGGAUCUAUGGGAUUGAGGUCAUCGGCAAAUGGAGGGCGCUGCUGGAGAGCGGGCAGAUGGCUCAUAGCCAGCCAGACAUGAACGCAAUGGACCCCUACCACAGGAUGCUGUGGGAGGUUUGGCUUCCCUUCGUGCGCGCCUCUGUGACUCGCUGGCAGCCCCGGAACUGCGGGCCCAUGGUGGACUUCCUGGAGAGCUGGGCGCCCAUCCUGCCCAUCUGGAUCCUGGAAAAUAUCCUGGAGCAGCUCAUCUUCCCCAAGCUGCAGAGAGAGGUGGAGAGCUGGAACCCCCUGACCGACACAGUGCCCAUUCACUCCUGGAUCCACCCCUGGCUGCCUCUGAUGCAGGCACAACUGGAGCCGCUGUACCCACCGAUCCGCAGCAAGCUAGCCAGCGCCCUGCAGAAGUGGCACCCCAGCGACAGCUCUGCCAAGCUCAUCCUGCAGCCCUGGAGAGACGUCUUCACGCCCGGGUCAUGGGAGGCAUUCAUGGUGAAGAACAUCGUCCCCAAGCUGGGGCUGUGCCUCAGUGAGUUUGUGGUGAACCCUCACCAGCAGCACAUGGACCCUUUCCAGUGGGUACUGGACUGGGAGGGCAUGCUGUCUCCCUCCAGCCUGGUCGGCAUGCUCGACAAACACUUCUUCCCAAAGUGGCUUCAGGUGCUGUGCUCCUGGCUCAGUAACAACCCCAACUACGAGGAGAUCACCAAGUGGUACCUGGGCUGGAAGUCGAUGCUAUCGGACGCCGUGCUGGCUCACCCCUCCAUCAAGGAGAAGUUCAACGAGGCUCUGGACAUCAUGAACCGCUCCGUCUCCUCUGGCAUCGGCGGGUACCUGCAGCCGGGCGCUCGGGAGAACGUCGCGUACCUCACACACACGGAGCGGCGCAAGGACUUCCAGUACGAGGCGAUGCAGGAGCGCAGGGAGGCAGAGAGCGUGGCUCAGCGUGGCAUCGGGGCCGCGGUCGCAGCCGCCUCCACCAUCCCCACCAACUUCAAAGACCUGAUCCAGGCCAAGGCCGAGGAGCACAACAUCGUCUUCAUGCCCGUGGUGGGCAAGCGGCACGAGGGCAAGCAGCUGUACACCUUCGGGAGGAUCGUCAUCUACAUCGACCGCGGCGUGGUGUUCGUGCAGGGAGAGAAGACCUGGGUGCCCACCUCCCUGCAGAGCCUCAUCGACAUGGCCAAGUAGGGGCGGAGGAGAGGAGGUGGCUGGAGCUGUGGCUUCAGUGCAGCUGUUCCCAACUGUGAGCAUCCUAGAAUUCAGGGGAUCUCCAGCUCCUGGUCUUUGUUCCAACCCUGUUCUGAACUGUUUCAUUGAACCAAUUGACCCUGGUGUAGUUUAUUAUCUCAUUGUACUUGUUAAACCUGGAGUGGAAUGACGAUCCAGGACCGUGAUUGGACACCCCUGUCCAAGAACAUCACUUUCAGGAGUUCCCAUGAGUUACGUCCUGUCUGUUUAAUGAUAUAGAGAACCAAUCACUUUAUUUUGUUGAUCAGAGAACUUUUACGGUGCAAUUUCAUGUUAACAGAUUUAUACUUUGGAGGGAUUUUCCAACCUGUUCUUGCACUUGGAUUUAAAAUGUGUUUUGUGAUAUGGAGGCAAACUUGCUCAGUGACCCUACUUUGAAUACACGACAAUAAAGAAUCAUCAUUCAUAUUGUUGCUGAGUACUUUGGUAACAGGGUUGCGUUAAUACAUACAUGCAGUUUUCAAUGCAUGGAACAGAUUCAUAUUUGUGUCUACUGUUGUCAUUUUUGAAUAUUAAAUUCACCUGAGGACAGGUAAAAACACCCCAAA